AUGCAGCUAUAAAGCUUCCCUGUUCUUAAAACCCUAACGCCUAAACCCUCUCCGAGCUCCGUUUCCCUUCUCUUCCCUACACUUCUCUUAUCGAUCGACAAGGGCUUCAUUAGGUCCAGAAAUAAUGGCAAACCCUAGGGUUUUCUUCGACAUACUGAUUGGAAAGGCGAAAGCCGGGCGCGUAAUAAUGGAGCUGUUCGCCGAUGCGGCCCCGAAGACCGCUGAGAACUUCCGAUGUCUGUGCACCGGAGAGAAGGGGCUCGGCAUCUCGGGCAAGCCACUUCACUACAAGGGCUCGACGUUCCACCGCAUAAUCCCCAAUUUCAUGUGCCAGGGCGGGGACUUCACCCGUGGCAACGGCACGGGCGGCGAGUCCAUCUACGGCCUCAAGUUUGCGGACGAGAACUUUGUGAAGAAGCACACUGGGCCCGGCGUGCUCUCGAUGGCCAAUGCCGGCCCGAACACGAAUGGCUCGCAGUUCUUUAUUUGCACCGCAAAGACAGCGUGGCUCGAUGGGAGGCAUGUGGUGUUCGGGAAGGUUGUGGAUGGGUACAGCAUCGUGGAGGCGAUGGAGAAGGUCGGGUCGCAGAGCGGGAGGCCGUUGGAGACCGUUGUGAUUGAAGAUUGUGGGCAGCUCGAGGAGUGAGUGAAUGUGAAAUGUUAAGCUGAUGGUCUCUUCUGCUAGUUCAGAGUAAUAAGAUUUGUAUAAUGAGAUGUUCUUGUGGCUUAAAAAUGAAGUAUAUUUAUGUAUUCCCAUGAAAGCAGUUGUUUUAAUGCAUCAGCAUUGGGUCCCUGCUA